GCGCGCGUCGGCCCCGCCCCUCGGCCUGCCGCCGCCGCCGCCGGGCCCUCUGCUCCGGACUCGGCCUCGGCGCCCGAGGCUCAACAGCCGGCGCUUGCUGGCUCCCGGGCCCCCGGUGGCUCGGGACCCAGGCCUGGGCGCACGGGGCAGCGGGAGUUGGAUGCUAGGGUCCUCAGCCAGAGCCGCGGGCCUGCCUCCCGUGAAGCGCUCCCUGGGGCGCGGCGCCCGCGCUUGGAGGCGACUCCGAGUGCAGUUACGUUCUCAUUCGUCCCCCGAGGGAGGCGUCCCCUGGCUGGCACAUGGCAGCCCCAGUAGGCGACAAGGCCGCUGUGCCCUUCACGAGAAAGGCAGCAGCAGACCACAGAGACCCAGAGGCCCGCAGGGUGGACCAACCAUGGCAGAGUUCUCCCAGAAUCGGGGCAAGCGGCGUGACGGCGAGGCGCUGGGCAGCGCUGUGGACUUUCUCCUGGCCAAUGCCCGCCUGGUGCUGGGUGUGGGCGGGGCUGCCGUGCUGGGCAUUGCCACGCUGGCUGUGAAGCGGCUCAUCGACAGGGCCACCAGCUCUCAGGAUGAGGCUGAUGCCAAGGGGGACGCCACGUGCCUGGAGGAGAGCUGGAAGGAACUGAGCCUGCUCAAGGCCACGCCGUGCCUCCAGCGUCGGCCCCCACCCGCCGCCCUCAGCCAGUCGGUGCCACUCCGGGCCCCCUCACCCUCUGCCCCAGAGGUGCCCGCAGACGCAGAUCCCCAGAAGGCGCCUCAGCUCAGCUCCCCAGCGCCAUCCUUGUGCCUGACGUUCCAGGAGAAGCUGCUGGCAUUCGAGCGGGACUACGUGACCGUCCCGGUGGCUCACGUGACUCUGGCCAAGCAGCUGGCCGGUGAUAUUGCCCUGGAGCUGCAGGCCUACUUGCGGAACAAGUUCCCAGAGCUGCCCUUCGGGGCACUGGUGCCUGGCGGGCCGCUCUACGAUGGGCUGCAGGCAGGAGCCACUGACCCCGUGCGUCUCCUGGUGCCCUUGGCACUGGAGCCGGGCCUGUGGAGCCUGGUGCCCGGUGUGGACACUGUGGCUCAGGACCCUCGCUGCUGGGCCGUGCGCAGAACUCAGCUGGAGUUCCGCCCUCGUGGGAGCAGCCCCUGGGACCGCUUCCUGGUGGGCGGCUACCUCUCCUCCCGCGUCCUGCUGGAGCUGCUCCGCAAGGCCCUGACCGCCUCCGUCAACUGGCCGGCCAUCGGCAGCCUCCUCGGGUGUCUGAUCCGGCCACGCGUGGCCUCAGAGGAGCUGCUGCUCGAGGUCCAGCACGAGCGUCUGGAGCUCACCGUGGCUGUGCUCCUCGCUGUCGCCGGCGCCCCGGCUGGAGAGCGCCUCCUGCUGGCCUGGCCCUUGGAGGGGCUGGCAGGGAACCUCUGGCUGCAGGACUUGUAUUCUGCGGAGGCCGCCAGGCUGCGGGCCCUGGAUGAGGGCGAUGCUGGGACCCGCCGGAGGCUGCUGCUGCUGCUCUGCGGUGUCUGCCACCGCCACCCGGUGCUGGGGCGGCUGGGCCGCAGCCACCUGACCCAGGUGGUCCUGCGCCUGGGGGAGGAGGCGGCCGACUGGGCCGAGGAGGCCCUGGGGGAGCGCUUCCUGCAGGCCCUGGAGUCUCUCAUCGGCAGCCUGGAGCGGGCCAGCCUGCCCUGCCACUUCAACCACCGCGUGGACCUCCUGGGCGGCCUGCGGGACGAGGACAUUGAUGACCUGGGCUGUGCGCUCUUCCGUGGGCUGCAGGCCCCUGAACAGCUGCUGCCCCCGGUGCUUGGAGAGCCCCUUUCUCUUGCUUGAGCCAGAACACGAGGGUGCAGGUAGGCACGGGCUGGGCGACAGCGCUGGAGCCCGGGGCCGCCUGCACUCGCACUUGGCUCUUCGGCCUGGGGCUGCCCCGACCCCCAGUCACAAGCAGCGAGUUACAGACAGAGCCGGGCUCUUGCUGUCCCCCUAGGGGCGAGACUGCUCGGCUUUCCUGUCCCAAGAGAGAGUCGCAAUUUCUUUAGUGCCAGUUGUGGGCAUCGCAAAGCUGCUGGGCUGUGGCCACUGUGUCUGUUUCACUCCCGGUGGCUGGAGUCACCUGUGGCACACGGCUCUCUGCUGACUUAAAGGCCAGCGUUUUCAACGCUGUGCCCGCUCUGCUCGUCCGGCUGUAGCCUGGAGUGGGGCCCACUUCACGCUUCAGGAGAGGCUGUUUCCCGCUCCCCACCAGCCGGGCGAGUGGAGGCCCCAGGAGAACCCUGUCCUCACUGGGGGAGCCGAGGUCCUCCGUGGCGCCCGCCUGGCCCAGAGCCGAGGGUGUCCCCUGGCUGCCACUGCACCCAGCUCCUGGGGUGCCUGCACCAGCUGUGCCCUCCUGAAGCUGGUGGGGCUGGGGGCUGGGGAGGGGGUCUCACCUGUCUCUGGUCUCCUUCCUGCUGAAGCAAAGCUCUCUGCCUUGAGGACUGAAGGAGAAUAAAGGAAAAGCCCGUGUCUGUGGGGCUCACGCUGGCCUGACACGCAGGUUUUUGAGCCCGGCCAGAGGGGCUUGGGACCAA